GGCGGCGACGGCAGCGGCCGAGGGGGCGGUGGCUACGAGGUGCGUGCGGAGCAGGCGGAAGAGGCGUCGUACGGGAGGCUAGGUCGCAGAGGAACAUCGUUGGGAUCAACGACUAUCACCUUUUCUACAAGAUGAGUAACAGCCACCCUCUUCGCCCCUUUACUGCAGUGGGGGAAAUUGAUCAUGUGCACAUUUUGUCUGAACAUAUUGGUGCCUUGCUGAUUGGGGAAGAAUACGGCGACGUCACAUUUGUUGUGGAAAAGAAACGUUUUCCUGCCCACAGGGUAAUUUUAGCAGCGAGGUGCCAGUAUUUUCGAGCAUUACUGUAUGGUGGAAUGCGAGAAUCUCAGCCCGAAGCAGAAAUCCCUCUCCGAGACACCACUGCAGAAGCGUUCACGAUGCUGCUUAAGUACAUCUACACGGGGCGGGCAACACUGACAGAUGAGAAGGAGGAGGUGUUGCUGGACUUUUUGAGCCUGGCUCAUAAAUAUGGAUUUCCAGAGCUGGAGGAUUCUACCUCUGAGUAUCUCUGCACCAUACUUAACAUUCAGAAUGUCUGCAUGACUUUUGAUGUUGCCAGCCUCUACUCGCUUCCCAAGUUAACUUGCAUGUGCUGCAUGUUUAUGGACAGAAAUGCUCAGGAGGUGCUCUCCAGUGAAGGCUUCCUCUCCCUUUCUAAGACAGCACUUUUAAACAUCGUAUUAAGAGAUUCAUUUGCAGCCCCAGAGAAGGAUAUUUUCCUAGCCUUGUUAAAUUGGUGUAAGCACAAUUCAAAGGAGAAUCAUGCUGAAAUCAUGCAGGCUGUGCGUUUGCCUCUGAUGAGCCUCACUGAACUUCUGAACGUUGUGAGGCCUUCAGGACUAUUGUCUCCCGAUGCCAUUCUGGAUGCGAUUAAAGUUCGAUCAGAGAGCCGGGAUAUGGACCUCAAUUACAGAGGCAUGCUCAUCCCAGAAGAAAAUAUUGCAACCAUGAAGUAUGGAGCCCAGGUUGUGAAAGGGGAGCUGAAGUCCGCCUUGUUAGAUGGCGAUACUCAAAAUUACGAUUUGGAUCAUGGAUUUUCUAGGCACCCAAUUGAUGAUGACUGCCGUUCUGGCAUUGAGAUUAAGCUAGGUCAGCCAUCUAUCAUCAAUCACAUACGGAUACUCCUGUGGGACCGAGAUAGCCGGUCUUAUUCAUACUUCAUUGAAGUAUCAAUGGAUGAACUUGAUUGGAUCAGAGUGAUUGAUCAUUCACAGUAUCUGUGUCGUUCUUGGCAAAAGUUGUAUUUUCCAGCCCGUGUCUGCAGGACACAACACCUGAAGAAGACUAACACGGUUUCUGCUGUCAUGGAAUCUGGGAGGAACCAAUCUCAACAAGAUAUGAGGUAAAGAAUCAGCUCUGGU